UACGUAUAGAUCAAUUAAAAGUUAUUAUUAUUAUUUGGAAAUUUUGUGUAAUCAUUAGAAUUAAAAUGGAUUCAAUUCAGCAACCCGAAUAUUUACGUUACGAAGAGUUAAUAGGAACUCCAUUCCAGAUUUUUUUGGAAAAUUUCCGUGAAAAAAGAAGAUACAAUCAAAACUUGAUCAGCCGCGGCGAACCAAGAUCAAACGAAGAAGCGGACAGGAAAUUUCCAAAGCAAAAAUGUCCACUGGGAGAUUGUAGUACUCUAUUAUCCACCGCAUUUUCAAUGCAUAGACAUAUAAAGAAUAUUCAUCCUACUUAUUUCAAGGAAAGACGUGAACAAUAUUGGCUACAUAAAUCAUCGCAACAAGCAUCGAAUAUUCAACAAUCUAUAACUAAUUCUUUAAUUAUCGAUGAACAAAAUGAUUUAUCAUCCACCGACAAUCAUGAAAUAGAUCAACCACUAUGUUGUUCUGAAUUGGUUGAUUCAAAUGCAUCAAUAAUCGAUUUUUCUUGUCAAUUUGAUGUCAAUCAAGAACAUUCCUAUGCUAGAUCAUCAAAUGAACAACCAUGUUGUUCUGAUUCGGUUGAUUCUAACACAUCAAUUAUGGAUUUUUCUUGUCGAUUUAAUGAUAAUGAUGACCAUUCAGAUACAAUUUUUGAUGAAACGGAUUUUCAUAUUUCGUCUGAUGAAAAUGAAGAAGAUUUAAAAGCUAUUGAAGAGUUGUUUUCGAAUUCAUUUAAUGAUGAAGAAGAACAAAUUACAAGUUCAUUUUAUGCUAAAAAUGUUGAAGUGUUACCACCUGAGGAAAAAAAAUUAAUUGAUGAUUUUAUAUCGGAAAUCAUCAGAACUAAGGUGAAUAAAUCGAUAGCCGAUAAACAUGCUGUUGCUUAUGGAACUAUUGUAGCCAAAUAUUUUAUAAUGGCACGGAAAAAAAAAUUAAUCGUCCAAAAUAUAAUGGAAAAAUACUGUAGUAGUAGCUACCUUCAAAAACAAUUUCUUUUCCAACAAAAAAAUCACAUCAAACCUAUUACGAUAAUAAUACCAAACUUAAAAAUCCAGUAUUUUUCGAUAACAAAAAUUAUAAAAAAUGUUAUUGCUCAACAUCCAUUUUUGAUUGCCGAAAUAUUGAAAGAAAAAGAUCGAAUGUUCAUUCCUGAACCUCAAAGAAAUCAUUUUCUCAUUAAAAAUGAAUUAGAUACUACGGACUAUAAAUUAUUCCAAAGAUUAAAAGCUAAAUUAAGAAUUGAGAUUGCAUUGGACGAUUUUUCAUUUAUGGGCAUAACCGGGAGAAAAUUCUUAGCUGGAUACAUGACAAUAUCAAAUCUUCCGUUUAUCGAAAGAACCCAACGUGGCCAAAUAUUUAUGUUUUUAUUAGCUAAAAGGCCUGUUGAACCAACUACAGAUGUGAUGAAUAAAAUAUUAAAUCCAUUUGUUGAUGAAAUGAAAAAAUUAGAGAUUAAUGGAUUGAAUUUCGAUGGUUAUAAUGAGAAGAUUUAUGUAACGCUUUCAAGCGUAAUUUGUGACAAUCUUGCUCAACACGAAGUUUUGGGACUUCCUUUGUCUUUUGGAAAAAGCAGUCAAUGUAGAGAUUGUUUUCAAAAAUUUGAAAAUUAUGCAAACAUAAGGUCGCAUUCAAUCAUCAAUUCAUCUGGUAGUGAUAUUGAUUUAUUUUGUCAUAAAUAUGACUUUAGAGAACCUAAACCUUGUGUUUUGACACGACUGGACGGUAUUACUCGGUACAAUAUCAUGCCCCCAGAUUAUUUUCAUGAUUUAUUUGGUAAGCGUGGUGAAGCAUUCAUGCGACUAGCAUGCGUGUUUUUCGAUGAAUUCAACACAUUCUUAACUGGUCGAGAAAAACAAUUGUAUAGAGACACUAUUGAGUUUAUACGAUUGACAGGCCAAUUAGAAUUUGAUCGUUUAGAUCUUGAUCGAAUGAAAAGUUUGAGUAGAUCCAUCAUUGAUUCAUAUGUGUCAAUCGUUAAGGAUAAUUCAUCCAAACUCAGUGUAACAUAUAAACUCCACAAAUUGUUGCAUUAUGCAGAUAAUAUUUUAAAAUUCGGCCCUCUGUUUUUGUCGAAUUCGAUGAGAUUCGAACGAUGUCAUCAGACAUCGAAAAAAUACGGUCGUGUGAUGAAUUGUUGGGUAUCCCCAGCUAAGACAUUGUCCAAUCGAAUGUCGAUGCGUCAAACUUUGGUGCUAUCCCAACAAAUCAUCGACAAAAAAAAGUGGAUAAAAAAAACAUUUAUUACUGAACAAGAAUCAAUCAACUUGAAUCUAGAAGUUGCGAAUGAUCAAGGUGAUUUUCUUCUUGGUAAAAACGUUAUUAGAAGAUUGAAGGCUCCAGGAUUCAAACCUAAAGUUUGGAUCGAAGGUAAGGAGUUUUUGAUUCAACCGGAUUCCAAACAACUUUUCCUUAGAGGAAAUAUUUGGUUGGAAGAAAGAAAUCAGGACAAAUUAUCUAUUUAUGAAAAAAUCACUUUUCAUAAGCAAAAUUGCAUU